AUGCUGGAUUAUACCGAUACCAAGUCGAUACGAUCGACGCCAUCGCUGAGGGAAAAGGAACCCCAGGUGGUGGUCACCCAGGAGGAUGCGCUGCUGGAGACGACGCAGCAGUUGAAGCGGAAGCUUAAGGACCGCCACAUCUCGCUUUUGGCGCUUGCCGGGAUCAUCGGACCAGGGAUCUUGAUCGGGGCGCUGAUGGCGUUGCGCAACGGGCCGGGGUCGAUGGUGGUGGGGUUCGGCAUCAUCGGCCUUAUCGCCUUUGCCAUGAUGCAGCUGUUGGGGGAGUUGCUGACGUUGUACCCUUCGGGCGGGGCGUUCUCGACGUUGGGGGCAAAGUUCAUCGACCCCGCUUGGGGGGGCGCCGUGGGCUGGUUCUACGUCAUUAUCUGGAUCGGGGUGUUGGCCAACGAGUAUAACACCACCGCCGCCAUCCUUGAGUUCUGGGGGCCCCAGGUGCCACUUUACGGGUAUGUGCUUAUCUUCUGGGCGUUCUUCCUCGGCUUCCAGUUCUUGGGCGUCGGCGCCUUCGGCGAGGCCGAGUACUGGUUGGCGUGGUUUAAGCUCUUGGGGUUGGUGGCGUUCUACAUCUUUGCCAUCGUCUACUGCGCCGGGGGCAUCAAGGGCCACAAGGCGUUCGGCUUCCACUACUGGAACGACCCCGGGUCGUUCAACCACGGGUUCAAAGGGGUGGCGCUGACGUUUGUGUUUGCGCUGACGUUCUACUCGGGCACCGAGUCCAUUGCUAUUACUGCCGGCGAGCUGCGCAACCCGCUGCGAGCGGUGCCUAAGGCGAUCCGCCAGACGUUCUGGCGGAUCUUGAUCGUCUACAUGGGGGUGGCGGUGCUGUACGGGUUGACUGUCCCCUACAACGACCCCGGGCUCACCCUGCAAAACAAGACGCUUAAGCUGCCGAUGUCGAUCGCCAUCCAGCGCGCCGGGUGGCUGGGCGGGGUCCACUUGAUCAACGCCUUCAUCCUCGUCACCUGUAUCUCCGCCAUCAACUCGCUGAUCUACAUCGGGCUGCGGACGAUCGUCAACUUGGCCAAGGAGCGCAACGCCCCUUGGUUCCUCGGGUGGGUCAACCGCCACGGGGUGCCGUACAUGGCGGUGAUCUUGAUGAACGCCUUCGGCCUCUUGUCGUUGAUGAACGUGCUGACGGGGGCGGCGGAGGCCUACAACUACAUCGUCAACAUCUCCGGGGUGGCGGUGUUCAUUGUGUGGGGGAACAUCUCGUUGUACCACAUCCGCUUCCGCCUCGCGUUGAAAAAACAAGGGCGCCUGACCGACGAGCUCCCUUACAAGGGGUUGUGGUACCCGUGGAUCCCGUUGUUCUCGCUCGUGCUCAACGUGUUCUUGGCGUUGGUGCAAGGGUGGAUGUACUUUGUCCCCUUUGACGCCGCCAACUUCGUCGACUCCUACAUCUUGUUGCCCGUGUUCCCCGUGUUCUACGUCGGGCUUAAAUUGAUCAACCGCACCAAGUGGGUGACGUUGGACAAGGUCGACCUCGACGCUGGGCGCCGGGUCGACUUGGACAUCCGCGACGACGACGAAAAGGAAGUCGGCGGCUGGAAGGGGGUGGUGAAGGAGAUCUUUACCUAA